ACACAAAUACAUAUCUCAAUUUAUUGGCUAAACAAAUAUUCUAUGCUAGUUUUUAUUUUAUUUACAUUUUUCUCCAAAAUUUUUAUUUUUGCCUCCACAACUCAAAAUAUAAUUGAAGAACCUAUAAAUUCUACAAAUAAAAGCAGAGCUUUAUCUUUUCUUAAAGAAAAGAUUUUACAUUCAGAAGAUGAUCAACAAACAGCUUUCCGUCAAAAUACUCAAGAAGUUCACGAUCCUAGAAAGCCAAUUUUAAUUAGUUAUUUGGCGGCUGUUUCUCAAUUUUCUCAACUUAUUUUUGAUAAACUCCAAGAUGUAGCUAACAGUAGAAGUAAUGAAUUGGCUGAUUUUAGUAGUUUAAUGAAUGGACAUAGCUGCUUUAGUACUGAAUUUGAAGGGUCAAUGAUAUCUGGUGCAUUACAAGUUGCUAUUGAUUAUGUAAAUAAUAAUCCUGAUAUGUUACCUGGUUAUAAAUUAAAAUAUAUUUUCAACAACACUUGCGGCGAUGAAAUGAGAAGUACUGAAUAUUUUAUGGAUCACUGGAAACGUGGAGCAAAAGUUUUUAUCGGACCAGAAGUAAAUUGUCGAACAGAAGCUACUAUGGCUUCAUCUCAAAAUUUACCUUUAAUUUCACAUAAAUGCAAAGAUCAGACUGUCAGUGAUAAAAAAAGAUAUCCAACAUUUGCUAGAACAGUACCGGCAGAAUCAGUUAUUGCUCGUUCAUUUAUUGCUUUGUUAAAACAUUUUUGUUGGUACAAAUUUGUUGUUAUAUUUGAAAAUGCCCAUGCCAAUGUUGAAUUACUUACGGCUAUUAGACGUCUUUUAGAAGAAGAAAGUCAGCAAGUUGAACAACAAAAGAAACGUUCAGAUCCCGUAAAUAGUUGUAAAGGGGAAAGAAAAUACACAAUUUUGAAUGUUUCUUUAGUUAAUCAUCCUUUCAGCGAGGUUGAAAAGACCAAUGUUGAUAAAAUUCGUCAAAUUGUUGAUGCUACAAAAACUGCAACUAGAAUUUAUGUUACUUUUGGAAAUGUUCGUCUUUUUCGAAGAAUUUUACUUGAAAUGGGUGAAAUGGGGUUGAUGUCAAAUGGGGAAUAUGCACUUCUUUAUUUAGAUACUGACUAUAACUGGUUGAAUGUUUAUCACGCAAUGAAUAAUCACUUUUUUCGAGAUACUCUACGCAAGUUGAAUGAGUCCUGGGACAAUCCUGAUUCUAUGGAUAGAAAGUUAAUCGGCUAUUCUAGAUCAGCUCUUGCAAUAAUUCCGACUCCUGUACAACUCAAUUCUAAAAUUUUUACCGAUUUUUGGAAAAAAGCAAAUUCUUACCUACCUAAUUUUGGUGUUCAUCAUCAUGAGACUAGCUCCCCUAUAAAGGCCAAUCGUUUUGCUUGUUAUCUUUACGAUGCGGUUAUGUUAUAUUCUCAGGCCCUUCAUGAAACAAUAAUGGAUACUUUGAACAGAACCUCUUCUAUCUCUAAAGUUGAUGAAUCGAUUGAAAAUGGAAGGGAAAUUAUUUCUAGAAUAUUAGGCAGAAAAUAUAAAAGUAUGCAAGGUUUUGAUAUGCGUAUUGACGAAAAUGGCGAUGCAGAAGGAAAUUACACCCUUUUGGCACUUCAAGAAGUCGAGCCGGUUCUUGACGGAAGCAAUCCUGAUUAUUAUCCACUCAAGGAAGCUUUAACAAUCACUGCUGACUUCAUGGCCCAUCCAAAUCCAAUAAACUUACCUCAACUUAGAUUUCGUCGUAAAAUUCGCUGGCCUACUGGGAAACCUCCAUUAGAUGAACCUGAAUGCGGUUUCGACGGAGAAAAAUGCAAAGAGGAUGAAAGUUCUUCUUGGUGGGGGACUGUGCUUUAUAUCGUUCUUGUUUCUUUACUUUUAAUUUUUGGAAUUGGUGCAAUUGUUACUUACAGAAAUCAAAAAUUCGAGAGAGAAUUGUCAAUGGUAUGGCGGAUUGAUAGGAGAGAGAUUGAAAAGAUUGUGCAUUGCAACAAUUCCUCAUCAAAUUCCCUUUACAUCAUUGAAGCUGGAAUUGCUCAAAAUGGUGAAUUUUUUGGGCAAGCCGCGCAAGACCGUCGUUGGCCAAGAGCGCUUGUGGCAAUAAAGGAAAUUCGUUAUACUAGAAAACCAAAAGAAUUGACAAGAGCAACAAAAUUAGAAUUAAUGAGAAUGACAAAGCUUAGGCAUGACAAUGUUAACAACUUUUUGGGAGUUAUUCUCCUUCACAAUGUUAUUUGUGUUGUUAGAGAAUUUUGUCCAAAAACAAGCCUGAUGGAAGUUUUGCGAAAUCGGGAUAUUAAAUUAGAUUCUCUUUUUAUUGCUUCAUUUACUGAAGAUCUCAUUAAAGGAAUGAUCUAUUUGCAUGAAUCGGAUGUCAAAGUACAUGGUAAUCUAAAAUCAACGAAUUGUUUAAUUACUUCCCGUUGGGCCUUACAAGUAGCUGAUUAUGGAUUACAUGAAUUACGUGAUGGGCAAGAAUGGGAAAAUCCACAGAUUAUGUGGGAGAGCUAUCUUUGGACAGCGCCAGAGCUUUUAAACCAGUCCGAAUUUUGUCGCGUUGUUAAAGGAACACAAAAAGGAGAUGUCUAUUCAUUUGGAAUUAUUUUACACGAAUUAAUUGCUCGUCAGGGGCCGUUUAAUUUAAUUAGAGAUUUUAAUUGUUUUACGUAUGAUGAGACAGAAGAUAUUUCGAGUGCUGAAGAAGUUGUUAGAAAAGUGGUUGCUGGGAUUGGAUUCAGACCAAGCUUGAAAGGAUUACAAUGUCAGGAUUAUAUUGUGGAUACAAUGGAAUUGUGUUGGUCUGAAGAGCCUGAAUUUAGGCCGGAUUUCCGCCAUGCAAUUCGUCACAAGCUUAAACAACUUUUUGCUGGGACUUUACACUCACGCAAUUUAAUGGACCAUAUUUUGGUCAUGAUGGAAAAAUAUCAAAAUCAAUUAGAGGACUUGGUUGAUGAACGGACAAAAGAACUCCGAGAUGAGAAAAGGAGAACUGAUUUAUUACUUCAAAGAAUGUUACCAGUUUCUGUAGCUCAACAGUUGUUGCAAGGUCGUGAUGUAGUGCCUGAACAAUUUCUGUCAGUGACUGUUUAUUUUUCUGAUAUUGUCGGUUUUACUGUUAUAUCAAGUGAAAGUACUCCUCUUCAGGUAGUAAACAUGUUGAACAAGCUUUACACUCUUUUUGAUAGAAUUAUUAAACAAUAUGAUGUUUAUAAAGUCGAAACUAUUGGAGACGCGUAUAUGGUUGUCUCUGGUGUUCCUACGUCAAGAAAUGGUGUCUAUCAUGCCGAACAAAUUGCUACAAUGGCUUUACAUCUAUUGAAGGCAGUUGAAAACUUUAGAAUCCCUCACAGACCUACAGAACAAUUAAAGCUCCGAAUUGGUGUUCAUACAGGCAACUUCAUAUCUUUCUAUUUAUUCGUAUAUACUUUGCUUAGGUCCUGUUGUGGCUGGGGUGGUUGGAAAGACAAUGCCGCGUUAUUGUUUAUUUGUCAUCAAACAAAAGAAGCAUUGGAUAUGGAUGGUGAUUUUGUUAUGGAAGAACGUGGAAUUGUUCAAAUUAAGGGCAAAGGACCAAUGCGUACAUUUUGGCUUGUCCAUCGUUUAAACUACAACUUUUUCUCUGAUGACCUAGAGGAUGAAUUUAUUUCGGAUAGUGAAGAUUAUGAAUCUGAACAUUUUGAUCCAGCUAUAUUCCCUCGCUCAAAUGUUUUUCGUCAUAAACAAAAUCCACCAUUGACAAAUGCAGAAUCUACAAGUACUUUACAACGAGGUAGUGGUUCACCCUCUACUACUGCUCUUUUACGUCGUCUUGUUGAAAAGGCAAUAGGCGAAACUGAUAGUUUAUCAUCAACUCAUCAACAACAAAAUAAUUGUGAAUUAAUUGAGGAUGGAAUAGUUCAUGUUAAUGCUGAUUAUUUAGGUGCCAGUCGUAUUAGUCUUCUCUCUGGAAUGAAUAAUCAAUUUAAAAGUCAACUUAUUUCAAAUUCUCGCAAAAAUAUCAACGAGCAACCCUCUUCCACAGCAACAAUAAUUUCUAAUGGAACAAAUAAUGUUUUUUCUUCAAAGUCAGAGGCUUGUAACGGAAUGUUACAAUCAAUUAAGGAGGCGAAUUCAAACAUUAAAAUGAAAAAUUCGAGUGUAAUUUGUAACAAUAAAUUUUCUCCACAAAAGAGACGAAAGCUUGGUUCAAUUGCAAUUUCUUCCUCAUUUGACUACCAUAAAUGCCCAACCAUUGAAUGCAAUUCUUCUAAUGAUAGUUAUGGAGAUAACUUUAAUCAAGCCUCAAAUGAACGUAAACGAUCGUCUUUACCUGAAGCUGAUUUAUUCACAAUGUCUCGCAAUGACACAAGUCAAGCAAUCUCUAAAAAUUCCCAACUCAAUAAUUUAAUCGCAGAUAAUUGUACUAUUAUUCCUUUAAAUAAAGACGAUGAGGAUUAUAUUUUCGGUGAGAAUGAUGAUUUUGAUUGCCUUGAGGCAACCAGGUAUUUUUUGAAUUUUGAUUUUUUGACAUCCUUUUUUAGGAAACGUUCAAUUUCUUUUACUGGUGGCACUAACAAUGAAUUGAACUCGCUUAGACCACACUUUGGAGGUCGUACUUCUCGGCAACAUCAAAACAGUGCUCAAUCACUUGGGCAGCAACCUUUACCUCUUUGGUCAGAGCCUCACUUGCCGCUCAACCCUCGUCAUAUCACUUAUGGGUUGCCAGAAAUGGCAAAAGAUAAUCAUCGAUCUGUUGGAGGGAAUCGGAAACUUUGCAGAAUAUUUAGACCUAUUCAACAGCAGCGUUCUUUUGAUCAUCAAAGUUCUUCAAGAUUUGAACGUGACUAUGAUCUUCAAAAACGUCCUUUUGCUCGUCAAUAUUCACGCAGCAGAUCCCCCAAUCUUGGAUUAAACCGAAUCUGGCGUCGUCUCACAGCAACAUCUGGUGGAAAUCCUUCAAUGGCUGUAAAGUCUUUAUCAAAACGUUCAAACGAAUUAUUCCCUAUUGAUGGCAUAUGUUCCCAGAAUGUAUCUUCUUCACAUACGAUUUCACGUCCAAUAUUCUUUCCGGGUGUAAUGGAGAAUUCUCUUCGCCAAAUGGCCCGUCCCCUCUCUAUUGGAAGACCAUCACCGAGUUCAAAACAAUCAGAUUGGGAUAAUGAAUUGACAAAUCAUUUACUUGAAGAGUUUGAAAUGAAAUGA